UCGUAACAUACCAAGACAAACUUCAAUUAAAGCCUUUUCAGAAAAUGUCUUCCUCUACUAUAAUCGAUUAAAGCCACUUCCCCCCUUUCACACUAGCCUAGAGAAAAAGAAUCUAAACCCCUUCUCUCAGAUUCACUCACCACUUCUUCUUCUUCUUCACCAUUUCAAAUUCUGAGAAUAAAAAUCCUCAAGAAAAGACAUCUCUGUCACACUUCUUCACCUACCUGCUACUACUGGAAAUUGAAACAGAGGUUUUGGAGUUUGGAAUGAUGUUGAGAUGAAAACAGAGAUGUUUCUUCGUGCUCUGUUUCUGUCUCUCUCUCUAUGCCUUCUCCACCUCGUGGCUUCAGAGAUUCAGCUCGGUUCCAAGCUCGUGGUUGGUGAAAACACCUUGUGGGUAUCUAAAAAUGAUGACUUUGCGUUAGGGUUUUUCAAUGUUCCUGAUUUACCUAACCGGUUUAGCAUCGGUAUCCGGUUUAACGCCCAGUCCAUACCUUCUGAUGAAAGGAGAGUCGUGUGGGUUGCUGGAGCAGGUGUUUCGGUUUCAGACAACACCUCUUACUUCGAGCUGAGUCCUGAUGGAGAUUUGGUUUUGUUUGAUUCUUCUUUGGGUGUACCGGUUUGGAGUAGUAAAACGAACCGGUUCUCUGUUUCCUCUGCUUUGCUACGUGAUGAUGGUAACCUUGUUCUGUUGAGAGAUAAGGAUGAGAUUGUUUGGGAAAGCUUUGAUACUCCUGCUGAUACUUUACUUCCGAACCAAAAGCUGAAGGCUUUUGAGAUGCUUAGAGCUGCUAGUGAGAGUUCUAGGUCUAGUUAUUACAGUCUUCACAUGGAGGAGAGGUUAGAGCUGAGGUGGGAGAGUAACAUCACUUUCUGGUCAAGUGGUAACGAACCUGUGAAGAACAAGGAUAAGAAGAUUGGUGCUGUUCUUACUCCAGAGGGAGCUCUCUCUCUUGUGGAGCAAGACCUGAUGAAACCUGUUUGGUCUGUUUUUGGAGAAGAUCAUAACGACACUGUGAAGUUCAGGUUUCUCAGGCUUGACAGGGAUGGUAAUCUCAGAAUGUACUCGUUCCAAGAGGCUUCAAGGACUUGGAGACCUGUCUGGCAAGCUGUUGAGAAUCAGUGUUCUGUCUUUGCAACCUGUGGAUCGCAAGUUUGUUCCUUUAACGGCUCUGGAUACUCUGAAUGCAGCUGCCCUUAUAACACCUUUGCGUCAGUCUCUAACACCAAGUGCUUGGCUCCUUACCAGAAGCUAGGGUGCAAGGGUGGUUUCAGCAUGGUGAUGUUCAAGAACAUGGAGUUGUAUGGGAUUUAUCCGGCUAAUGAUUCUGUUUUCUCUCCGGUUAGCUCUCAGAGAUGCACGAAGAUGUGUUUGGAGGAUGAUGCUUGCACUGCAGUCACUUACAAGAAUGAUGGGAGUCCUCAGUGUGUAAUGAAGCUGACUAGAUAUGUUAGUGGCUACUCUGAUCCGUCUCUGAGUUCGGUAUCGUAUGUUAAAACAUGUUCAGACCCAAUAGCUGUUGAUCCAAAGGCUUCAAAGGGGGAAGUAGUUACUGUAACAAAGUCACAUAGUGUUUGUAUUCCUUGUCUUGUCGGCGCAACUUCCACUAUACUAGUUCUGUUUCUCGCUUUCCAGGUUGCUGUCCUUGUGUACAUCUAUAGGAGGAAGAAGAAGGAAGCUAUGAAGAGAGCUGAUUGGUUCUCUAAGGCGAGAAACCCAAAGGGAGUGGUGAUAUUCUCUGUAGAUGAGAUUAAGGAGAUGACGAAUGACUUUGAGGAUAACAUAGGACCACAGAUGUUCAAGGGAGUUAUGUCUGAGAAUGAACUUGUUGUGGUUAAAGAAAUGGAAACGACGCUAACAGAAGAGAGGAAGUUUAGAAGUUCUGCAGCAAAGAUAGGAACAAUGCAUCACAAGAACUUAGCAAAGCUUGAAGGCUAUUGCUGUGAACGAGGCAAGAGGUUUCUUGUUUAUGAAUACACUAAGAAUGGGACUAUACUUGACCACCAAGCUAAGAAACUCACUUGGAGACAAAGAGCAGACACAUUGUUAAGCGUGGCGAAAGCUCUCUUCUAUCUCCACUCAGAGUGCAGAGAGUUUGUUAGUCAUGGGAGCUUAAACUGUGGUAACAUUCUCCUCGGUGAGGAUUUGGAAGCUAAGUUAACAGAAUAUGGAUUUGGCUCAUGUGCUGCUGAUAAAGACGUUGAAGAUUUUGGGAAAAUGGUUUUAACUUUGGUAACUGGUAGGUAUGAAGAGGAAGGAGUGGUAGUGAGUGAAUGGGUGUAUAGAGAAUGGAUUGAAGGGAGGGGAGAAACCGUUGUGGACAGAACUUUAGAAGGUGGUUUUGAUGUAGAGGAGCUUGAGAGGGUUUUGAGAAUCUCUUUCUGGUGUGUUCAGGCUGAUGAACGGUUAAGACCAUCAAUGGGGGAAGUGGUUAAGGUUUUGGAAGGUACAUUGUCUGUUGAUCCACCACCACCGCCUUUUGUUUGUGGAAGAUCAUCGGCUACUAACUCAUCAGAGUCUUCUGGUCAGUCUUUGUAUGAGUCUGUAAGAGAGUGAAGUUAAGUGUUGUAUAGUCUUGAGGAUCUGAUUUAACAACAAGUUGUAGUGAAGAAGGCUGAUGAUUGUUGUUUCUUUCUAUCAAGUCUCCUUCAUUAAUUAGCAACAUUUUCACCAUAUGAUAAUCAAAUGACUCAACCUCUGAGAAAGUUUAAUGAAGCUAUUGAAAAAGGGUCUUGUUAGUUUACUUACUCAUCAUGUGCGUCACGCAUAGAAGUAAGUCUUUUACUCUCUUUUUUUGUACAAGUGUCUGUAAUGGUGGAGCAGGACUAGGAUGGGGACCAGAACCAUUAUUAGUAGGCUUGCACGAACUUUGGUUUCACUACAAUCUGACCGACUUUGAGCCCACACGAGUGAGCCUGAGCCUGAUAGCGAUGUAUGAGAGGUGUUGAGAGGUUUUCUUUCAAGAUGGAAGGACAUCAUGACACAUGGAGCUUCUGUUUAAAAGUCUCAAGCUAGUUCUUUUGCUGUCUCUUUCUUUUGUACUUUUUUUUUCUCUGCUUUUUCAAAUGUGAGGUAGGCUUGUGGAUUAUGGUAAAUUUUGGGCCUCGUAAUUGGGCUAACAUUGGGUCUCUGAUAGACUUAACAUGUGAUUGCCAUUCUGACAUGUUCU